AGCACCUAAAGCUAUUGAUGGGAAAGCGGGGAGGGGUGGAAUGAGCAAGCGCGUGGGAGGGAGGGAGGGGUGAGUGGGCUGAAUGAGGAAGCAGCAGAGCCAUUUUUACUGUUGAGCAACUGCAUGCUGGUCUUGCCUCUUGCUUGAGAGAGAGGGUGAGAGCUAGAGCAAGAGGAAUAAAGCGCUCCUCCUGGAUCUUACCGGAGCCCUCUCUCCCGUCUCUCGCCUUCCCCUCUCCGUCUUGCUUUCAGUUUGUGUCCAUUUAAGUUGGGGGGGCCCUGGAGAGGACACACAAUGGAGCGGAGAGCCUGUGGCAACUGGGCUGUUGUGCUGCUGAGAGGGGGAUGGGGUAGAGAGAGGACCGGUUCACACAGCUAACACAGCCGGCCGGCUGGAGGCUUCCUUUCCUCCCCGCCUGAACCCACUGUUUCCAGGCCGGGGCCUUUUUUUUGUGUGGAACAAGCCGUCCUCAAACUUCGCUUGGACUACACUAAGGAUUACUCAUUGUGCUCUGUGGGAUUUCAGGAUACGUACUGGAGCCUGAAAAAUAAAUCCCUCCUGUGUUUUGGAUAAGAGAAAGAGGGGAAAAAAACAAACUUCUGUGUAAUUCUUCUUGCCCGUUUUUUUGGUUUCUGUUUAGCGGAGUUCAUAAAUGGAUUACAAGAUGCAUGCCAAGUCAAACGAUUUGCUGGAUUUUCAAAAACUGGACGCCCUUCUGGAAAAAAUUGCACAUUCAGUCUCUGUGAAAAGAGAGUCCAGCGAGGAGUGCAAUGGGAUCAGUGGUGCUCUGUCAGUGGAGUCUGUGCCGGGGCCAAGACUGAACUGGUGUCCUGCCAACACCACUACCCCUGCCCCUGCAGCUCCAGCUCAAGCUCCAGCUCUGGGGCCUGAGCCCAACCCUGUCAGAAUGGGGGACGGCCUGGAUGCAGCACAGAUGUCGGGCAGCAGCAGCAGCAGCCAGGGGCAGGCCCAGCAAAUGGGCAAUCCCCCACCCCCAGAGUACAUCAAUCCCGACAGGCCAAAGCGCCAGACCAAUCAGCUGCAGUACCUGCUGAAGGCGGUGGUCAAGGGCCUGUGGAAGCACCAGUUUGCCUGGCCCUUUCAUAUACCAGUGGACGCGAUCAAACUUAACCUGCCGGACUACUACACAAUAAUCAAAACUCCCAUGGACAUGGGAACAAUCAAGAAAAGGCUUGAGAACAGUUACUACUGGAAUGCCCAAGAAUGUAUCCAAGACUUCAACACGAUGUUCACCAACUGCUACAUAUACAACAAGCCUGGAGACGACAUAGUCUUAAUGGCUGAAUCUCUCGAGAAGGCUUUCCUCCAAAGGGUCACAGAAAUGCCUGAGGAAGAAACUGAGAUUGUUGUCAUGAUGGGGAAGGGCCGUGGCCGUGGCCGAAGGGAAGGAGGUCUGAACUUGAAACCAGGGGCCAUCAUUGAUUCAUCGUCCACGACUCCUCAAACACGUGGUCUGUCAAAUCUCUCAGCACCACCGCAGCAGACCAGAGGACCAGUGCAGGGCCCGCCUUCACUACCUCCCCAGCCUUUGAUGCAGGUCCUGCCGUCCCACAUGCCCCCAAUGUUACCUAGCCACGCGCCACAGCUUGGAGCUCCCUACUCCCUGGGCCAAUCGGACUGUGCUCCUCAAGGUCCCAUCAUGACUUCUGUGCCUCCCCCUGCUCAGACCUCCCUUCCCCCAGCAUCCAUCCAGAGCACUGCCCCCAUGCUGCAGAACCCUAUAACCAUGACCAAACAAAGAAAGAGCCAGAAAAGGAAAGCUGACACUACAACGCCCACAGCAAAUGAUCAACUGAGUGAGUCUUCACCAGCAGAGUCCAAAUCUGGGAAGACACUACCCAGGCGAGAGAGCACCCGGCCUACAAAACUGAUAAAGAAGGACGCACCAGACUCCCAGCAUCACAUAGGCAUGGUGAUGGGACUGAGUGGACCAAGUGGAGGUCAUAGCCCCAAACCACAGGAUCAGCUGGGUUACUGUGCUAGUCUGGUUAGGGAUAUGUUGUCCAAGAAGCAUGCUGGUUAUGCCUGGCCAUUUUACAAACCUGUCGAUGUGGAUGCACUGGGACUACACGACUAUCACGAUAUCAUCAAAUAUCCAAUGGACCUCAGUUCCAUCAAGGCCAAGCUCGAGAACAGGCAAUACCGGGAACCCCAGGAGUUUGCUGCUGAUGUGCGAUUAAUGUUUUCCAACUGCUACAAAUACAAUCCACCAGACCACGAGGUGGUAGCUAUGGCUCGCAAGCUACAGGAUGUCUUUGAGAUGCGCUUUGCCAAGAUGCCAGAUGAACCUGAGAGCAAGCCUCUAGUUUCUGCCCCAGCUCCUACACUUCACCAUCCUGCCCCUGUUAAGCCCCAGCCUCCUCUGGCCCACGUUGCUUCAUCUACAGACAGCUCCAGUGAUUCGUCCUCUGAGUCCGAGUCUUCAACCGAUGACUCUGAAGAGGAAAGAGCCCAGAGGUUGGCAGAGCUCCAGGAUCAGUUGAAGGCUGUCCAUGAGCAGCUGGCUGCCUUGUCCCAACCACAAGCCAGCAAACCAAAGAGAAAGGAGAAGGAGAAGAAGGAGAAGAAAAAAGAAAAGCAUAAGAAGAAAGGAGGCAUGUCUAGCCUUGUCGAUGAGAUCCAGGAUGCUAUACCUGUUCCGCAGCUCUCUAAGAAGACAAAGACUAGUAACAAUAACAACAAAGAGGUUGUACCCAAGAAGAAACCUAGUAAAAAGGAAGGGAUGAAAAGCAAUCAUCCCUCCAACCUGCUGCCUGUACCCGGCCUGGAAGACGAUCUGGGGGCCGCUGGGUCAUCAGCAACGGGGGAAAAAUGCAAGCCCAUGACGUACGAGGAGAAGAGGCAGCUAAGCUUGGACAUCAACAAGCUUCCUGGUGACAAGCUUGGCCGUGUAGUCCAUAUCAUCCAGUCCAGAGAGCCCUCACUCAAAAACUCAAACCCUGAUGAGAUUGAGAUUGACUUUGAGACGCUAAAACCCUCCACUCUGCGCGAGCUGGAGAGAUACGUGUCUUCCUGCCUCCGCAAGAAGAAAAAGGUUCACGUUGAGAAGCCUGUGGAGUCCAUGGCUACCUCCAAAAAGACUGGAUCCUCUUCAGAGAGCAGUGGCUCCAGCACAGACAGCGAAGCUGAGGGGACAGGAAUAAUUAAGCAUCAGAAGAAGAAGGGCCAUUCUGUGAAGGAGGGGAAAAAGACCCAUCCUCAUGUACACAUUCAGAGUGGCCCUGCUCAGAUUGGGCUUCAUUCCCAAAUUGCAGGCCUUCAGUCCAGCAGUCAGAUGAAGCAGCAGUCUCAGCCACCCCCUGCAGGCUUCCCUGCUCCCCCUGUAGCUGCUCUGGAGUCUUCCCAGUUACUGGAGACUAGCUUUGACUCCCUGCCACCCUUCGGCCAGCCCCUCAUGCAUCUAACCCACCACACGGGCAACUCCUCGCCCGCACCGCCACACCUCAACGCUCAUUCUGCUGGGCCAGUGUCCCCUGAGACCCACCCCUUCCUCAACCAACAUCCCGUCCUCACAUCUCCAGCUUUGCACAUUUCCAUGCCUCAGCAGCCUUCUCGACCCAGUCACAAGGCAGCGCCUCUUCAUCCCAAACCCCCUCAGCAGCAACCAGCACCUCCUCAGCAGCAGCCAACCCUGCAGCCGCCGCAGCAGCCGCCGCAGCAGCAGCAGCAGCAGCUGCCACAGCAGCAGCACCUCCAGCCCCAGUCAGCACCACCACCCCCACCACAGCACCAGCUUUCCUCUCAGAUCCUCCACCCUCCUCAGCCCCUGCACCAGCGACCCUUGUCCCCUCCAACACUCACACCCCAGGGCUUGCUGUCUUCCCAGCCUCCCCAGAUGCUGCUGGAGGAUGAUGAAGAGCCAGGGUCUACAACGCCUAUGAACCAAGUACAAUUAUACCUGCAGCAGUUCCAGCAAGCCCGUCAGCCCCAGCAGUCCAUGCAGUCGCUCCAACCGCAGGCUCGUCAGCAGCAGCAGCAGCAGCAGCAGCAGCAGCAGCAACAACAACAACAACAACAACAACCAGGACAGAUCUCUCUCCUGCAGUCUGUCCACGGACAAUCUCAACUAUCCUCUCAGACCACACUGCCUCCUCCCCAGCUCCCUUUGCAGACCCCUCAGCCCGCCCCAUCACAUCAGGCCCCGGCCCAACAGAUGCCUCUACUCCAGGCCCGCCACAUGCAGCAUUCUCAGCCGCAGCAAAAGCAGCCCCAACAGCAACAACUGAACUAUCAGCAGGGUCCAGGACUAGCUGGUCAGUCCCAGGGAUCACAACACAAGGUAUCCAUGCCCAGCAACAAAGCACAGCAGAUCAUUCUGCAGCAGCAACAGCAGCAGCCCUCCCCUCGCCCAACCAAGGCUGAACCCUACAACGCUGGUCACAUAAGAGAUAACCCAUCGCCUCUCAUGAUGCAUUCCCCACAACUUCCCCAGUAUCCACCUGUCUCUCACCAGUCCCCACCUCACAACAUGCAGCCCAAAAAGCAGAGGGGCCCUGGGAGCCAUGGUGUACUAAAGGAGGAGAAACUUUCUCCCUCACCAGCGAUGAGAGGAGAGCCAUUCAACCCUGCCAUGAGACCAGACCAUCAUAAACAGCCCGAUAACAAGCCUUCUCAACCAGGCCACGGCCAACAGAAUGUGAAGUCCAUGGACAGCUUGCGACCUGUCAUCCGCUCCUCCGAAUCCAGUGGACUGCCCUCCUCUCUGCAAGAAAAGGAUAAGUUCAAGCAGGAGUCCAAGGUGCCCAUUGCCCCCAAAAAGGUACAGGAUGUGAAACUGAAGAAUAUGGGCUCAUGGGCCAGCCUGGCACAAAAGUCCACAUCUACACCCUCAUCUGCAGUGAAGUCGUCUAGUGACAGUUUUGAGCAGUUCCGUCGCGCUGCCCGGGAGAAAGAGGAGAGGGAGAAAGCUCUGAAGGCCCAAGCCGAGCAGUUGGAAAAAGACAGACUACGCAGAGAGCAGGACAAACUACGAGGUCGAGAUGAAGAGGACAUCAUGGAGCCAAGCAGAAGGGUGCACGAGGAGCCACGCAGGCGUCUGGAGCAGCAACACAUUCAAGCUCCUUCGCAACAGCAACAACAACAACAACAACAACAACAACAACAGCAGCAGCAGCAGCAGCAGCAGCAGCAGCAACAACAACAACAACAACAGCAGCAGCAGCAGGAGCCCCAGCCAGUUGCCAUUCAGCAGCCUCCUCAACCCCCAACACCGCCUCAGCCUGCCGCACAGAACCCACUUGACCAACAGAGGGAGCUAGCACGCCGCCGAGAGCAGGAAAGGAGGAGGCGAGAAGCGAUGGCGGCAACUAUUGACAUGAAUUUCCAAAGUGACUUAAUGGCUAUCUUUGAGGAGAACCUGUUUUGAGGAGAGGAGCAACUCAAACAUAACUGCAAAAAAAAGAAAAAGAAAAAAAAAAGGAAAAUACUUCACUUCCUCUUAAGAGGGAUUUGCCGACCACGCACCACAGAGGGACACGGACUGUAUGUAGAUGUGACGGGCCCUUGGAUGGAGUACAAGCGCUGGACGGGCGCUCACAGGUCGCUUUGUCCCUGUGGACUGAACACACACAACGCAUGGGGAUAAUCUCACUGUCUUGGAUGUCAUAUCCUCGGAAUCUGGCAUUGUCUGCCUGAUAUAUCUAACAGGAGAAAGAGGACCCCCGGUUGGCACAGUUGCCUUUGUCACUUGCUUUUUACAGUGUGUGUGUGUGGCCGCAACAAUGAAUUGCAAGAGUAAGGACAUCCCAAUAACUAUGAAAAUGCUCUGAUAAUGUACUGACAGACUGUGCAGAGAUGUUUUGAAACUGCCAGAUAUCUGAGGUGGUGAAGAAGACUGGUCUUUUAUGUUCUGUUUUGUUUUGAUUGUUGUAAGUGAACAAAUGAAAGGGGUGGGGGGGGUGGGCAACAACUUCCAUACUGUAAAUCAUGUAUAUUUCUCAGCAGAGAAGGUACAGUUUGCCUUACACCUCUUUCCUAAGCAGACAAUUAUGUUCUUUGGCCUGCACACGAGGACAAACCAGUGAUAUUUACAACCAGGAGUAGGAGCCGUGCAGACCUUUUUUCAUCAUCUAGUAUCUACUGUAAAGAAGUAUUUUCUUAUACUACAAUAACUGUUUAUUUUGGAUCUUUCUUUUUUUUCCUCUUUCGGUCUAAACCUUCAUACAUCACACUCCGCCACCUCUGUCUAUGCCAAACAACUCACUAUAUUUUAUGCUAAAUGACUUGUCCUAAAUCAUGGUAGGUAGCUAGUGACAAAAAAAAACAAAAAACCUGAAUAUAUGCAUUAUCAUAGUUCCAACAAGUAUUUAUCAAAUACAGAAUCAGUUGAUGUUUUCAUCCUGCCUUGUAUUUUUCUUUUACAACAUGAACGUUUGCAGACGAUGGGAAAGGUCCAGCCGUUUCUGAGCUUUAGUUGGAAUAUGAUUUCACUACAAGUGUCGCACCAUUCUUUGUAUUACACUUUGAGACAUAAUGUUGAUAUCAUUGGCCUGUUCACAACAGUCACACUACCGGAUCAGUUCAGAAACGAAUAGAUGAGGACCCCCUUGCUGUUCCCUCUGUGUGCACUCUGACCUUACGUAAAGGUUUUGAUCAAAUGUCAACAGAUAGUGCUCGAGGCAGGAAGGGGACGAUCAGGGGAAUGAGACAAACACUUAACACCUUUCUGGAGCUGUUACUUGAAUCAGGUUUAGUAAAAUAAAAUAAAAAAUAGCCAAAGGGACUGGAAUGAGCUCCCAGUUAGUUUUUGCAUCAAAUUGUCUUCAAAUGACAGACUGUCAACAAUACAAAAUAAAAAAGACAAACAAAUGUUUCGCAACAGAAAACUCUGAAAUAACGGUUUUGAUUUAUCUUUGUUCUCGUUUGAUAAUAGUUGAUGUGAGUUAUGAUUCUGUUCUUGGAAACAUUGUUUGGACCGGGGAUGGGGGUUGAAAUCUGAAUGCGUCUCGUCCUCUUCACUUGUCUCUGUUAUGGUGUUUUUCUCCAGUGCCUGUAUUGUAUUGCAAUUCUCGUUGGCUUAUAUUACACUUCGAGGGGGUUUAGAAAGGGGCCAGGUCAGGAUUGGGUGGUGUAAUAUUUGAACGGGGAGGGAGAUUUUUGAAAGAGUUUGUGUAAAAAAAAUAAAAAAUAAAAAUAAAAAAAAAGAAGAAGGAAAGGACAGCGUUUUAUAUUUUACCCGUUGUCAAUAUUCGGGUUUUAAAUUUAGUUUUAGCUGGACUUCUGAGUGUACACAUCUGAAAAACUUUCUCAUUUUGUUCAAUCAGCAGAUUUUAGGUAGAUAUAUUUCAGCGUUGCCACACUAGCGUUUGAGUCUGGUCUGGUCUGUGAGUGUGACUGUAAAUUUGGACGGCUGUGUGACUGUAUGUGUUUUGUUACUGUUAAUUUUUUUUUUGUUGAAGUGUGUGGUGCAUGAGUCAUUUUCUCUGAUUGCAGAUAAGCAUUCUAUUUGAGAAUAAACAGAUAAACCGUACUUCAGGAGAACUUGUUUAAGUGCUUAAGUCACCUUUUUAAUUUCUAUGAAGUCCACCAUAUAUGAAAUAUAGAAUUUUUAUUGUUAGACUGGUUUUGAAAGAGUAAAAAAAAAAAAAAACUUCAUUCCUUUUUAGCCUGUUUUUCCUUUUUCACAGAAACUGUUAAUGUGCCAUGAGUUCUACAGAGAAUGUGCUGACCCGCAGCUCAGCCCAGAGUUUGCUUUAUUCAGGUAUUUUAUUUUGUGUUACAUUUGUUCUGUUUUGGGAGUUUUGUUCAAACAUUUUCCUCGAUUUAUUGUUUGGUAUGUGAGUGAUCUAUCGAGGUCUCUGAUUCAGUCUGUUAUGAUCAUUGAAUAAACUCAUCUCUUUUAUAGAAAAUAAAAAAAUAUACUAAAUUCUG